AUCUCGGUUAAGCUAACAGUAACAGCAGCUAAUAUGCGCUGCCGACGUUCGCUCGCGUCAGUCAGGUGAAAACCUGCGCGGUUUAUCUCUCCACACGCUUCAUAAGUUACACAUCCGGAACAAGAAGGUGACUGAAACAUUUCACGAUGGGAGAGCCUGAAGCCAGUGUCCAGGGGAGGAUCACCGUCUACUCCAUCCAGGGCUGCCCUCACUGUUUGCAAGCCAAAGCCACGCUGAAGGAUCUGGGGAUGCCAGUGUGCGAUGUGGAUCUGGGGAAGCACCCUGAGCUGAGGUCAAAGGUGAAGGAGCUGACGGGACGGAGCACGGUGCCACAGAUCUUCUUCAACAACGUGCAUGUCGGGGGCAAUGAUGACCUGCAGAAAAUGUCUUCGGAGGAGCUCCAGCGGCUGGUAGAUUUGGUCAGAAAAGACCCUCCUCCUGCAGAUGCUCCCCCGAUACCAGAGGCGGGUGCUUCAGCAGGCACAAGUACUGAGCCUGAUGGAGACUUUCAGUGUGAGAAAGAUGAGUUGGCAGACCUGGUGGAGGAUCUGAAACACGCGUCUGUCAUUGGGAGUCAUAGAAGGGGUUUGACUGUGCACAAAAAGAGCUUCUCAGCCGACGAACUGGUUGACUGGCUGCAGAAGGAGAAGGGCAUGGCAAGGGAUCAGGCCGUGAACACCGGCCAGGGAUUGUUGCAGAAAAAGUACAUGGUCGGAGUGCAUGGGCAGCAGGACGGCAGCUUUGACCGAAACGGUCAGGCUCUGUACCGGCUCCUAGAGGACGACCCACAUUCCGCCCUGAAUGCCGGACAGACGGCAGCCUGCAGUCCCAUCAAGGCGUCCGAGCUCUCGUUGCUUCUGAGAGACAUGAUCCUGAAGUUGUUCUCAGAGCAUCUCUCUGCAGAUGGGAAGACUGUAGACUACAAGGGCAUGUCGGUGAACCCCGCCUUCGAGCGCUACACCGAUCUGGCCAUCCAGCUGCAGCGAGUGGAGCUGCUGUCGCUGACCCGGGAGGAGAAGCUGGCCUUCUUCAUCAACGUCUACAACGCUCUGGUCAUUCAUGGAUACCUGCGCCUGGGAGCGCCCACCAACAUGUGGCAAAGAUACAGAUUUUUCAACUACGUCAGCUAUCUCAUCGGAGGAGAGGUCUUCACGCUGCAGGACAUCGAGAACGGAGUGCUGAGGGGAAACAGAAAAGGGAUCGCACAGCUCAGAAAACCCUUUUCCAAAACGGACCCUCGACUGCAAAUGGCUCUUCCAGACGCGGAACCACUGAUUCACUUUGCUUUGAACUGCGGGGCCAAAGGAUGUCCGCCAAUCAAAACCUACACACCACAGGACAUCGACAGCCAACUGCGCACGGCAGCCGAAGCCUUCCUGGAGAACGACGACGCCUGCGUGGUAGAUUCUGGGAAGAAAGAAGUGCGACUCAGUCAGAUAUUCAAGUGGUACAAGGCAGAUUUCGGAGGCACAGAUGAGAAGCUGCUCUCAUGGGUCCUAGACCACAUGGGAGACUCUCCAAAAAAGACCAGCUUGAAGGGCGUUCUGUCCGGCGGGAAGACCAAAGUCAGCUACCUUCCGUACGACUGGAGCAGCAACAGCUCUCACUGAAGCCACAGUCGACGAUCCACUAUUAUGCAAAAACUGAGCAGAUGGGGAAGUUUACACUGAGCCAUCGUGUGGGAUGGAUUAUCAAGACGCAAAACACGUUCAACCUCUUCAUUAUUUUACCAAAAUCUUGCUCCCUCGAGUCAUGUAACCCCAAAAUUGCACUCUGGACCUUCAAAUGUCUUGUUAUGCGUGUGAAAUUUUAGGAUUAGAUUUGAAGCUUUUGUUGCUUGAAUGCACUGAAACUUUCUCUUAAAAACCUGGUUUAGCGGAACCUCUGCAUGUUGCCACUAAGGAAAACACCAGCAAACACUGUAUAGAAGAUGAUUUUAUAACCUAUUGAAGGACUAUAAUUUUAAUGUGCUGUACAGUAUAAACUUUAUCCUGCAUAGAUUUUAUAAAACAUGAGAUUUCAGAAUGAGUUCAUCAGUUCAGUUUCAAAUGAACUCGCAAAUAACGUUUGGGAAGCACAGGCAGAUGCAGCUCCCCUUUUGUUUGUACUUAAACUCGAGGCACUCUGCCCCCUUAAAUCCAGGUCUUCCAGGCGGUUAACUGGAUGUUGACACUUUGCACGGUCCUAAGACUUCACUUGAAUACAUGCACGAAAGAAUCACGCUAAUUUAAGAGAGUUUCAGCACCAACCAGUUAGCAUGUCACUAGUCAAAUGCAUGUUUGGAUGCAGAAAUAUUCCUAACUUGCUAGUCUGAUGUGGAACUCCAGCCAUAGUCUCGGUUGAAAACCCCAAACAUCCUUGUGUCCAAUCCUCAUUUUAAGUAAGGCGAUGAACCAUUUUUAAAGAGCAUAUCAGGAAGAUGUGAUGCAAAAACAAUUGUAACUUUCUGAAAAAACAAAGCAAUAUGUUCAUUAAUAAUAAAUAUGC